AGCACUGCAGUGGGAGGGAAGAGAAAGAUGAAGGAGUGGUUUGUAGGGGGUGAGGGUACAGAGAAUUCCUCCUCCUCGGGUGUGGAAGGACUAGAUAUUCUGGGAGAUCAUUGCCAGAACCUUGGAUUGAGACUUAUUUCUUUAGCGUCACAUUUUUUCCUUCAACUUUCUUUCCCAGCUUUCCAAAGGGACUGAGGUUGGGUCUUUAACGUCAAAAGAAAUCAUGAUUUUGUGAUUCGUAUGACGUGUUUUCAAAGUGAUGAGCAAUGAGGAUCUGUACUCUGAAUACCUCGCAAGCCGUGGAUCCAGUUUCUUCAACAUCUCUUUGCACCCAAAGCUGAGAGUUGUGGAUCAGCGAAGCAAGUGGGUGCAGAUUUCUGGGGUGGAAUUUAACAGGUGAAAGACAAAAAAAAUUGCACGCUUGCACUUCCCCAGACGGCCGAAGAGCCAAACGGAUGGUUAUUUUUAUGAGGGACUUUGUAGCAGAAAUGGGUCAGGACCAAACCAAACAGCAGAUCGAGAAGGGACUGAAGCUCUACCAGUCGAACGACACGGAAAAGGCUUUAUAUGUCUGGAUGAAAGUGUUAAGGAAGACAUCUGAUCCUGGGGGAAAAUUUCGAGUUUUAGGGUGUCUGAUCACAGCCCAUUCGGAAAUGGGGAAAUACAAAGAGAUGCUACAGUACUCCCUAGCUCAGAUAAACACAGCCAGAGAGAUGGAGGACCCUGACUACCUGACGGAGGGCUACCUGAACCUGGCACGCAGCAACGAGAAGCUUUGUGAAUUCCAGAAGACAGUCUCAUAUUGUGAGACCUGCUUAAACAUGCAGGGCACCACUGUUAGCCUACAGCUCAAUGGGCAAGUGUGUUUGAGCAUGGGCAAUGCCUACCUGGGCAUUAGCGUUUUCCAAAAGGCCUUAGUGAGCUAUGAGAAGGCCCUGCGAUACGCUCACAACAACGAUGACAAGAUGCUGGAGUGCAGGGUCUGCUGCAGUUUGGGUAACUUCUACAUCCAGCUUAAGGAUUAUGAGAAAGCGCUCUUCUUUCCUUGCAAAGCAGCUGAACUGGUGAAUGACUAUGGCAAAGGAUGGAGUCUAAAGUACCGUGCCAUGAGCCAGUACCAUAUGUCAGUGGCCUACAGGAAGCUGAUGCGUUUACCAGAUGCAAUGGAAUGCUGUGAGGAAUCUAUGAAGAUCGCUUUGCAGCAUGGAGAUCGACCUCUUCAGGCAUUGUGUCUGCUUAACUUUGCUGAUAUUCAUCGCUGUCAGAAAGAUGUUGAUAAAGCAUUCCCUCGCUAUGAGUCCUCCAUGUGCAUAAUGUCAGAGAUUGGCAACCGCCUUGGACAAGCAUCCAUCUACGUCGGAGUGGGAAAGUGCUGGAUUCUGCAGAAGGAAUACGAUAAGGCUCUGGACUCAAUGCAAAGAGCACAUGAUCUGGCUGAGGCGAUUGGAAACAAGCUGUGUAUCCUGAAGGUGCACAGCCUGUGUGAAGGCAUCUACCGCAGUAAAGAGCAGCAGGAUGAGCUGAGAGAGCAGGUGGUGAAGUUCCUGCAGUGUGUAGAAGAGCUGGAGCUCUACUGUGGCAUGUGUGGGGAGUCUAUCGGAGAGAGGAACCAGCAGCUGCAGGCCUUGCCCUGCUCUCACAUUUUCCACCUCAAGUGUCUGCAGACAAAUGGGACAAAGGGCUGCCCAAAAUGUCACCGUUCAUCAAUGAAGCUAGGUUUUGUAUGAAAUCGCACUGCUGCCUUGAACAAAACGGCUGAAUCCCAUUACAGUGACUCACCUGGGAG